GAAUGGGAUGCAAUGCAAAACACAAAGUGAGGAAAACUAAGAGAGAAAAAGCUUGGAGAGCCAUUGUUGUGGUUUCUCGUGUUCAUCUUGUAAUUUCCCGGUUUAUAGUGAAAAGUUUAAUCUCAUGCCGGUGGAUGUAGCUAUCACGUUGAUAGUGAACCACGUUAAUUUCUCGGUUUAAUCUUAGAUUGCAUUGGCAUUUUGGUAAAUACACCUCCAAAAUCACAUUUCCAGCUUGCAUAUUUAAACAAGGUGGCAACACAAGCCUUCUCUCUCCAUUCCUCAAAUCCUCUGAAGAUCUGUCAGCCAACAUCCCCAAUUACAAAGGGCAGGUGAGAAGUAGAAGGAAGAGUAGUAGGAGAAAGGAAAUACAUCUUUCUCCGUCCUCUUUCUCUCUCACAAAUACCGACCAGAAAUCAAAGGAAAAUUGUAAGAGGAUCUCAACUUUCAAGCCAUUCAACAUGAUUUCUCUUCAAAGGAUCACUUUUCUGAAUAACACACCAUGUAUGUCUGGGAGAUCAAUCGUAUUGAUCCGGUUUCAGACGAGAGGUCCUCCAGUGGUUCGGGUGGCGGUGGGCCCGUCAACAGGUCGAUCAGGGGAAGGAAACGGUACCGUUUUAACAGAGGAGGGAAGAAAAGGAACAUCAUUUUCUCCGAUUGAUUUGAAUGAUAAAUCGACGGUCAGUACUGGUGGUGUGGAAGACGUGUACGUUGAAGAUGCUGCCACGGAGGAUGAGCUUGUUACGCCGUGGUCUCUUUCUGUUGCUAGUGGCUACUCGCUGUUGAGAGAUCCUCGCCAUAACAAGGCACUCGCCUUCACAGAAAAAGAGAGAGAUGCGUACUACUUGCAGGGUCUUCUUCCCCCAGCUGUUGUUCCUCAAGAUAUUCAGGUGAAGAAAAUGAUUCACAAUAUCCGCCAAUAUCAAGUUCCCUUGCAGAAGUACAUGGCAAUGAUGGAUCUUCAGGAAAGGAAUGAAAGGCUUUUCUACAGGCUCCUUAUUGACAAUGUUGAAGAGUUGCUCCCUGUGGUCUACACCCCAACUGUUGGUGAGGCUUGUCAGAAGUAUGGGUGUAUCUUUAGGCAACCUCAAGGUCUCUUCAUUAGUUUGAAGGAAAAAGGAAGGGUUCUGGAAGUAUUAAGGAACUGGCCAGAGAGGCAAAUCAAAGUGAUUGUUGUUACAGAUGGUGAGCGUAUUUUAGGUCUUGGAGAUCUUGGUUGCCAAGGAAUGGGAAUACCUAUUGGAAAGCUUGCCUUAUAUACUGCCCUUGGUGGCAUUCCUCCUUCAGCGUGUCUUCCGGUCACUAUCGAUGUGGGAACAAACAAUGAGACCUUGUUGAAAGAUGAAUUCUACAUUGGGCUAAGGCAAAAGAGAGCAACAGGCCAGGAAUAUGCAGAACUCAUGCACGAGUUUAUGACAGCUGUGAAGCAAAUUUAUGGAGAGAAAGUUCUCGUUCAGUUCGAAGACUUCGCCAACCAUAAUGCUUUUGACCUACUUUCUCAGUACGGAUGUACUCAUCUUGUCUUCAAUGAUGAUAUACAGGGAACGGCCUCUGUUGUCCUCUCUGGUCUUCUUGCAGCUCAAAAGUUGGUGGGAAAAACAUUGGCUGACCAGACAUACUUGUUCCUUGGAGCUGGAGAGGCUGGCACUGGUAUAGCCGAGCUUAUUGCUCUCGAAAUUUCAAAACAGACCAAUACACCACUUGAGGAGGCUCGUAAGAAGAUCUGGCUCGUGGACUCUAAGGGGCUUAUAGUCAAUAGUCGCAAGGAGUCGCUGCAACAUUUCAAGAAACCCUGGGCUCAUGACCAUGAACCUGUAACAGGACUCCUCAAUGCUGUUAAGGCUUUGAAGCCGACUGUCUUGAUUGGGUCAUCUGGAGUUGGCCGAACUUUUACUAAGGAUGUUGUUGAAGCAAUGGCUACAUUGAACGAGAGACCUAUAAUAUUUGCUCUGUCUAAUCCAACUUCUCAAUCAGAGUGCACAGCUGAGGAGGCUUAUACAUGGAGUAAGGGUCGUGCCAUUUUUGCUAGUGGAAGUCCUUUCGAUCCUGUCGAAUAUGAAGGGAAGACUUUUACAUCUGGACAGUCAAAUAAUGCAUACAUCUUCCCUGGCUUUGGUCUUGGCUUGUUAAUAGCUGGUGCUAUCCGUGUUCAUGAUGAUAUGCUCUUGGCUGCCUCCGAAGCCCUAGCAGCGCAGGUAACCGAGGAGCAUUUUGCCAAGGGUCUUUUGUACCCUCCUUUCAAGAACAUCCGAAAAAUAUCAGCCUAUAUUGCAGCCAGUGUGGCAGCCAAAGCAUAUGAAUUAGGUCUUGCAACUCGGCACCCAAAACCGGAGAAUCUGAUGAAGUAUGCAGAAAGUUGCAUGUAUAGUCCUGCAUACAGAAGCUAUCGGUGAAAUUUUUGUGGAGCAAUUUCUCCGACCCCACCCAUUGUUGUUCUUUGUUGUACCGAAGAUUAUUAUAUAGUUUUAUUGUAUGUUUUAAUAUGCGAAAUGUAAUGCUUAUUAUGUUUGUA